AUGGUGUCUUCGUUCCCUUCACUCUUCUCCUUGAGCGGCAAGACCGCGCUUGUAACCGGAGGCACACGCGGAAUCGGUCAGGCGAUGGCAAUUGCCCUCGCAGAGGCUGGAGCAGACAUUGUGCUGGUGCAGAGAGAUGAAUCCAACACGGCAACCCGCGACGAGAUCGUCAACCGCAUUGGACGGAAAGCAUGGAUCCAUGUAGCCGAACUCUCUGACCGGGAAGCGGUCAAGGGAAUCAUUCCUGCUGUCCUGAAGCUAGGAGUGAAGCCAGAUAUUCUGCUCAACUGCGCUGGAAUCCAGAGGAGACAUCCUAGCGAGAAGUUUCCAGAUGAGGAUUGGGAUGAGGUCCUGCAAGUCAACCUUACCUCCGUGUUUACUCUGUCUCGCGAAUUCGGUGCCUACUUGUUGUCUCGAGACGCCUCCGAGUUCCCAACGGGUAAACGGGGCACCAUCAUCAACGUGGCCUCCCUGCUUAGUUUCCAGGGUGGAAUCACGGUUCCCGCGUACGCGGCAUCGAAGGGAGGCAUCGCACAAUUGACCAAGGCCCUGUCCAACGAAUGGGUGGCCAAGGGCAUCAACGUGAACGCCAUCGCCCCUGGGUACAUCGACACGGACAUGAACGUGGCUCUGAUCAAUGACCCCAAUCGCAACGCUGGCAUCAUGGCUCGGAUUCCAGCCGGUCGAUGGGGCAAACCGGAGGAUUUCAAAGGGGUAGUCAUCUUCCUUGCCAGCGAGGCCAGUAACUAUGUUUCUGGCGAGGAUCAGUGCUUUGACGAGUCAUGGGAUACCGCAACGACAUUAAGCUUAUUUCAUCACUUUAAUUCUGAGAUGCCAUGGCUGGCAGGGUUGACUGAAAGCGACACUCGAUCCCUAGUUACGGUAUUCAAGGGCAGUGUAGCUGCCAUCCCCAACCUCUCUAUCGAGAGCCUUAAAUCUAUGCCCUUGAAAGUGCGAAUAGCAUCGUUAUUGUACGCUACACAGAUCGAGGAUCUCUCAGAGCAGCCAAUCAGACGCGCGGCUACGUGGCUUGUCCGCCGUCUUGAAACAACGCAGAACGCACCGGCCAAUGGGGACUGCCCGUUCCCCAGGGCAGGCUGUUCGCUGCCUGAACUGAAACGAAUUUGUUCCAAUCCUUGCGUUGACCAGGUCGAUCUGCAUGGUGAAUCGCUCCAGUGCUGCGUAUUGGUAUCCACCGUUUUGAGUUGUCCUUGA